GUAAUACCGGUAAAUGCACACUUACAAACUGCGGUUGUCAAAUAUUUUAUCAAGGACUUUGAAGGGUUCAUAAUCAAGAACAAAGCUACGUAACUUAUUUUGAAAUGAAUCUGAUAGAAAAGAACGAUGCAAUGUGGUGGUUCAAAGUUGUGGGUGGUUCUGUAAUAGCAACAGUUGGUACUUAUCUUGUUUGUAAGAAACUGAGUGGAAAACGGAAAAGAGAAGAAUAUCCUAAAGAUACAGUCAUUCUCCAUCAGUAUGGAAGGGCUCCAUAUGCACCAAGUAUGUCACCAUUUGCGAUUAAACUAGAAACAUAUCUGCGAAUGGCAAAAAUUCCUUAUAUGAAUGUUCACAGUCGAGUUAGAAGUAAGAAAGGCAAGUUUCCAUGGAUAGAAUACAACAAUGAGAGUAUAGCCGACACUCAGUUUUGUAUUGAAUAUCUCAACAAAACAUUGGCAAUAGAUUUGAACAAAGACUUUUCCAAACCAGAAAGAGGCAUAGCAAGAUCUUUCCUGAAAAUGCUAGAAGAAAAUACAUACUGGGCCUUGUUGGUAGAAAGAUGGAUAUUGGAUCCAGAAUUCGCAAUAUGCAAGAUAAUCAAAUUACCAUAUAGAUUUGCAUGGUUUAUUCGUCGAAGACUGAGGAGAGAUGCAUAUGGUCACGGUAUUGGAAGACACAGUCAAGAUGAAAUUUACCAUAUCAUGGACCUUGAUCUAAUGGCUUUGUCUGAAUUCUUGGGUGACAAGAAGUUUCUGCUUGGAGAUAGGCCGUGCGAGGAAGAUUGUGCUAUAUUUGGACAGCUUGCAGAAUGGUACUGGCAAUCAUUUGGACACAGAAGUGGACCUCUUAUUAAAAAUUAUAAAAACCUAUGUGAUUAUUGUGAGAGAAUGAAGGAGACAUUUUGGCCGGACUGGGAUGAAUGUAAUACAAAUGGUGGAAAGAAAGAGGCUAUAAAGUAGAACGAACUUCACUCAUAAAAAGUUCAAAAGUUUAACAAGCACCAUCGAACCAUUCACAUGUUGAUGUAGUUUAGAAAAAGCAAAAGAUGCAAAAGAAUGUAAAUACUAGGAAACGGAACAUAUAAUUGACAUGUUUCUUUUCUCCUUUCUGUACAUGCCCUUGAAUAAAUUCUGCUUCAUAGGAAUACAAAAACAAAUCUGCAAGUAUAGGAGCGCAAUUGGUACCCAUUGGGAUUCAAAUAAUAUGUUGGAAGACCAAACCUCCAAAAUCAACAAAUAUGUUGUCAAUUAAAAAGUCCAGCAUGGCAGUGAUAUCCUCGUCGGUUUAUUUUUUCCUUGACUCUGUAUGAUUUUUCACAAAGUAAGCUGAAUUCCAGCCCAAUAUACAACAAUACUUGAGAAAAAAGAAGUAAAAAGCUGUUUCAUUUGUGCAAUGUUAUUGGUUAUUUGUGUUCAUAUUUUUGUUGUAUUAAAUAUGAAACUUACUUCGCGAUCAACAAGCAACAAAAUAUACAAAUAUAGUACCAUACUUCAACAGAAACUUUUUUAAAUCAAUUUAUUUUUGCGAUGUAAAAUUUAAAACGAUUAGCUAAUAGAAUGAUUUUUUGGUUUAUUUAUGGGCAGUGACUUUCCAUCUGGACUUAAAAUAAGGCAUAUAGGUACAGUUUUGAAUUUGUUAGCGGGCAUGACGUAAAACAGCGAAUAAAAGAAUUCAACUGUAUUUACAACUAAUAUAAAACAAUGCUCUUGAUUAAAAAAUAAUCCACUCCAGGACCUUUUGUUUUCCAAAUACUUAAGAUAAGUUCCAGGUCGACGGGUUCAAACAGAAAGAUUUUGAAAGCAGAGAAAACUGUGUAUCUUAUAAUUGGCAUGACUUUAUAUCAGAUGACAAUACCAAUACUUAAAUCACGGAUCCGCGAUAUCACGGGUGUGUUCUAGUGUAAUAAUAAGAUAAUUUGCAAAAUUAAUAUAAAAAAAAUAGUGUUAUUUAUAUGAACAAAGGAGUAGGUCCGGUAAGGGCCGAUUUUGACCUCAAUUUUCAAGUUUAUCUAACGAAAGAUUUUAGACAAUUUUUAAACACUUAAGUGUCUAUUUCCAUUGAUUCGAGUAUUUUGUGUGAAGGUUUUAACUGAUUUAGUCAUUAAAAUGCUCCGAUUCUAGCUUAAAUAUGAAAAACAUACAGGCUAACAAAUAUGCCAAAAGAAACGUCACUUUUCAUAUGGUUUUUGUAAAAAAUAAAGGUGUUCAUCCUCAACAUUUAUAUAUGUUAUGUAUUAAAUUAUCAUAAAAUACAACUGACAUAUCAAUAAUAUGAAUGAACAAGAAUGCGGCCACUUUCAUUUCAGACGGAAACCGUCUCAAAUUUAACUCAAAUGCUAAAAUUGUGACGAUUUCAGUAAUUUAACAUGAGUUAAUGAUGCUAGUUCCCAUUAUAUUUGCAUUGUAUUGUCAAAAACAGCCCAUAUUUAUGUAGCAGAAGCAUUCUACUUUCCAAUAAAUAGCUAAAAGAUUACAUUUUUACAAGUUUGUAAAACUGUUAUAUUUAAGUGCCAAAAAGGGGUCUCACUGGACCUACUCCUUUGUGACUAUCCUAAGACCAUCAUAAGAAUCCUCUCGUGUACUCCUUACUUUGUGACCAACUUAAAGAUGUCCAAAUUUAGGACCACUUUGUGAAACCCUCUAAGGACUGGAAUAUACCGUAAAACCACCCUAAGGAUGUCUUACUCCUGAGAUAGUUUUGUGAAACUUGCCCCAGAUACUAAAGGAUAACAACAUGACAUCAGUUGAUUGGGCAGAUGCAUCAUCAUUCCUUAUACCAGAGGCAUAAACUACAAUUGUAUUAUAUGUCUCUGCUAAUAUUAUAUUUUUUGAGACAACCAUAUUAGUGAAAUUUGUCUUAUUUUCUGUAUGUAUAGGAAUUAAUAGUGAACAUUUAUAAUAAAUAUUUUACAUAA